AUGUUUUUCAUUUGGAUUUUUUUAAUUAUUAUUUCAAAUGUUAUUUGUGAAGAUUUUUAUUCAUUUACAGUUAAAGAUUGGCAAGGAAAUGAUGUUUCAUUAGAACAAUAUCGUGGAAAGGUUUCAUUAGUUGUCAAUGUAGCUAGUGAAUGUUCAUUUACUGAUUCACAUUUUGAAGCACUUGUUGGUAUUCAACAAAAAAUUAAUAACGGUGAUCGAAAUAUUUUUCAAGUGCUUGCUUUUCCUAGUAAUCAAUUUGGCUAUCAAGAACCAAAAGAUGAUGCACAAAUUCAAUCAUGGGCUCAAUAUAUGUUUGAUAUUAAUUUUCCUAUUUUUGCUAAAGGUGCUGUUAUACAACAACACGAGAACGACGACGAAUUACCAGAUGUUUGGAGAUUUUUAAGUGAAAAAACUGAACCACCAUCUUGGAAUUUUUGGAAAUAUUUAAUUGAUCCAAAUGGUAAAGUUAUUAAAGCAUAUGGAUCAGACAUAAAUAUUCGGCAUAUUUAUCCUGAUAUACAAAAAUUACUUGUUAAACAUAAAUUAAUUAAUCAAUCAGAUUUAUAA